AUUCUUCCUCACGAACAGACUAAAAAACAUAUGACCAUAUUCAUCUUCAGACCAAACUAACAACUUCCUCUGAGUGAGUUAAGCUACAGGAGAGAAAAGUGGAAACCUACAACCUGCUGACACUCCACACACUGAAUCUUCACUCGGAGACGAAAUGGCUUCCAGGUCAGAGGAGAAUCUCUGCUGUUCGGUCUGCCGUGAUAUCUUUAGGGAUCCUGUUGUUCUGACAUGUAGCCACAGCUUCUGUAAAGACUGUCUGAGGGGCUGCUGGAGAGUGAAACCAACACGUGAGUGUCCACUUUGUAAGAGAAGAUCUUCAAGGGAUGAACCACCUUCAAAUCUAGUGUUAAAGAACCUGUGUGAGGAGUUCUUACAGCAGAGAGAUCGGAGAGCUUCAGAGCCUCUCUGCAGUCUGCACUCUGAGAAACUCAAACUCUUCUGUCUGGACCAUCAGGAACCAGUGUGUCACAUCUGCAGGGAUUCAGAAAAACACACUAACCACAGAUUCAGACCCAUAGAUGAGGCUGCACAACAGCACAAGAAGAAACUUAAGGAAACUUUGGAGCCCUUAAAGAAGAAGUUAAAGGUUUUUGAACAAGUUAAAGUAAAGUUUGAUCAAACAGCAGAUCACAUUAAGGUCCAGGCCCGACACACAGAGGGACAGAUUAAGGAGCAGUUUAAGAAACUUCACCAGUUUCUAGAAGAGGAAGAGGAGGCCAGGAUGGCUGCACUGAGGGAGGAAGAGGAGCAGAAGUGUCAGUCAGUGAAGGAAAAGUUGGAGGCUCUGUGCAGAGAGAUAGCUGCUCUUGCAGAAACAGUCAGAGCUGCAGAGGAGGAGCUGAGAGCUGAAGAUGUCUCAUUCCUGCAGAACUACAAGGCUGCAGUGGAACGAGUCCAGCAGCACCCCCUGCCAGAUGACCCAGAGCCACUCUCGGGAGCUCUGAUAAAUGAGGCCAAGCACCUGGGCAACCUGACCUUCAACAUCUGGAGCAAGAUGAAGGAGAUGGUCUCUUACAUUCCUGUGAUUCUGGACCCAAACACUGCACAUCCAGAACUCAUCCUGUCUGAAGAUCUGACCAGUGCGAGACUAGGAGAGAAGCGGCAGCUUCCUGAUAAUCCAGAGAGGAUUGCUGAGUACUCCUCUGUCCUGGGCUCUGAGGGCUUUAACUCAGGGACUCACAGCUGGGAAGUCAAAGUUGGAGACAUUACAUUCUGGUCACUGGGCCUGUUUGCAGAGUCUGCCCAGAGGAAGGGAGAAAUAUGGUCUGGAUUAUGGAGAAUAAUGUUCUACAAAGGUAUAUACACGGCACGCUCACUACCAGAUCCACCCACUGUUCUCAAGCUGCAGAAGAAGCUCCAGCGGAUCAGUGUGAAUCUGGACUGGGACAGAAGAAAGCUGUCAUUCUCUGAUCCUGAUACAAACACACACAUACACACCUUCACACACACUUUCACUGAGAGGAUGUUUCCAUUUAUUAACAGUGUGGAUGAAGUGAAGAUAUUACCACAGAGGGUCUGUGUGACGGUGGGACAGAGAAGUUAGAGAUAAAGAGGAUGAUCAUAUUUAUGAGGUUAAUUUCUUUUAAAGGGAAAAGUCGAUGAAUUUAACCUGUUAAUCUGCACCUGCCCUCCUGCUGUCUAGUUAUUCAAAAUAUAUGUUUGUUUGUGUUUCAUUUAUUUUUAUUUUUUUUUGUUGUUAGUUUGACAGUUUGCUUUUUGUUUCCAUUGAUGACCUUUUUAUUUGUAAAAUUAUUCCACUUUGUUUGAGAUCUUUUGGUUUCUGUAGCGUUUCCUCUCUUUAUCAGUGCCGUUUCAUUUGAAAUUGUUCAUUUUUGAUUAUUUUGACUUGUCUGUGUCGAGCUACAAAGACCAACAACCACUUUGUAGAGGCUGAUGGGAUCCAAAUAAGGAAAAAAAAAAAAAUCAGUUUAUCAAUAAUUUAUCAAAAGGCAGCAUGGUGGUGCAGCGGUUAGCAUUGUCGCCUCACAGCAAGAGGGUUCUUGGUACGAACCCAGGCUUCUGUGCGGAGUUUGCAUGUUCUCCCCAUGUCAGCAUGGGUACUCCAGCUUCCUUCCAUAGUCCAAAGACAUGCAGGUCGGUGACUCUAAAUUGGCCGUGGAGGUGCAUGUGAGCAUGAAUGAUCGUCUGUCUCUAUCUGGCGACCUGUCCAGGGUGUACCCAGCGUCUCACCCAAUGUCAGCUGGGAUAGGCUCCAGCCCCACUGGUGGAUGGACAUAAUCAGGGAAAUAUUUAUAAUGGAAAAGAUGACUUUUUGUAUUUGAUGAAGAGAAGAUGAUCUUGUCUGUGAAAGUGUUUCAUUCAGUUUCCAUCUCUUGAAUCUGCUGUUUUGUUUUAUUUUGUUUUGUUUUUAAAAAAACACUUUAUUGUGAUAGUGUGAAAAGGGCAAGAUGAGGGUGAGCUGCAGCCAAGGGACCUGGGACAGACUUGGACCUAGGCCAUCGCCGUGAGAAUGGUACACAAUCUGCCUGGUGAGUGAGUGAGGCACCUCUGCUGUCAUUUAGUCAGACAACUUUUAAGGCAGUCAUCUUUGCUUUCAGGUGGAUGUCUCAGUUUUGGUUUAGACUUCAUGUCAUGUCGCUGAUUUCAAAUCAAUAGUUAACAUUAAUGCUGAAUGUACAUUAAUUCAUGUUUUUCAUCAAAAUAAUAAAACACUGGUUUUCUUGGUUGUCA